AAACUUUUGACGUGACUCAGUUUAGCGGAAGUUGCGGAGUGGCGCGCGGCAGGCGGCUCGUUUUCGGCUCCAAAGGUGUCUGCUGUCAGAAACAAAGAUGUCCCACCUUCGCCCCAGACUGUGCUUGAUGGAGAAGGGAGUCGCCGGGUACGGGUUCCACCUGCACGGGGAUAAAGGCAAGAGCGGGCAGUUCAUCCGGCUCGUGGAGCCCGACACCCCCGCCUCCGCCGCCGGGCUGCUCGCCGGAGACCGGCUGAUGUUCGUGAACGGGGAGAACGUGGAGGGCGAGAGCCACCAGCAGGUGGUCUCCCGGAUACGAGCGACCAGCGGCGCCCUGGAGCUUAUCGUGGUGGACGACGAGACGGCGGAGCUGCUGAAGAAGCACAACCUGCAAUGCCGGAGAGAGUUCGUCACCGAGGGGAUCCCCGUGCCCGGCCGGGACAGCGACUCGGACCGCGGGGACGCCCAGAGCAACGGCACCCCGAGGGAGGCGAGCCCGCUGCCGCACGAGAACGGGGACGCGUCCUCGGAGAGGUCGGGGAGGCUGAGCAUCACCUCCAGCAACAAGGACGAGCCGGACGGACUGCGGCCCCGCCUCUGCCACAUGAAGAAGGGCCAGAGCGGCUACGGCUUCAACCUGCACAGCGAGAAGUCCAGGCCGGGCCAGUUCAUCCGGGCCGUGGAUGACCACUCCCCCGCACAGCGAGCCGGCCUCCGGCCGCUGGAUAAGAUCAUCCAGGUGAACGGCGUGCCGGUGGCGGGGAUGCAGCACUCCGAGGUGGUGGCCGCCAUCAAAGCCGGAGGAGACGAGACCCGGCUGCUGGUGGUCGACGCGGAAACAGAAGAGUUCUUCAAGAAGUGCAACGUCACGCCCACCGAGGAGCACGUCACGGGAGCGCUUCCGGAAGCAGAGUCCAGGAGAGAAUCAGAGGAGGAGGCAGCAGCAGAGCUGAAGCCCAAAGAGUCUGUCAGCUCCAGAGCGUCCAGCGUCUCCUCCAGCAGCUCGCUGCAGCAAGCGGCGCCCAGCUCGCCGCCCGCAGAGGUGGAGGAAUCCCCGCGGGCCGAGCCGGCCCCCGCCGCAGACGGCCUGGGUCUGGGCGUGUCGCUGGCCGAGGCCAAAGAGAGAGCUCACAAGAAGAGGGCGGCCAAGAAGGCGCCGGCCAUGGACUGGAGCAAGAGGAACGAACUCUUCAGCAACCUAUAGGCUGAUCUGCGUCUCUGCGCCGCGCUCCAGUGGAGACCUGAGAGAGGAUGGUUGUCCGUCGGUGUGAAUCUCAGACUGACAGCUCCUUUUAAACUGCCACGUUGAACAGUAUUAGAAAUGAUUUUGUUUUAAUUUAGGGAUUUGACACUUUCUGCCUGUAAUGUUUCAAUGACUUAAAUGAUAUUGCAGCAAUGAAUGUGUCAGUAAGAGCAGAGUAACACAGAGCCCUGAGGAAGAGGAGGAGCCACGACUGCAUCAGGAAGAUUGAUUUGUUUUAACUAUUAAGCUGAAAUCCUCUGUUCAGAAAAACUGCUGUGAAAGUCUUAAUCCUCAAUUCAAAGAAAUGUCUGUUUUAAUUGUACAUACAUGAAUGAAGGCCUGUUGAUUCUGCUUGUUGCUUUUGUUUUGACAGCGCCACCUACUGGUGACUGUCCUUAAAGCUCUUUACGUUUUUGGAUCUUAGUGAGAUGUGGGUUCUCUACCAGGUCAGUUAUCUAAGGCAGGUCUCAAGGCUCCAACACUUCUAGUGCCUCAUUUCAAAAUAAAAGUACAAAGGAUCCUAUGAAAACUCA